AUGGGGUGCGUGGUCUAUCCGGGCUGUUCUGGCAAUACUGACGCCGCUACUGUUAGUUCUACUGACCGUCACAGCCAUACCCAUAUUGACAUAACCCACGUCCGUUCACGCUCGCCUUCUCCAAACUCGGGCGACGACGAACUCCACGAGAACGGUGUGCAAGUCUCCCCUGCCGAGAUCUCUCCUCAAUACUCCGUCAUUCAACCAACCCAGAGCCAGAGUGGUUCGUCUUCCCAUCCUGGCGAUUUCGUUACAUUGGAAUAUCCUCCAGAGCUGGCUGAAGGAGAUGGCUCAGACCUGGCAUCAAGAAUAGAUCAUCGGGAGAGGGUGCAGCAUUACGACUCUAGAUCUAGUUCCACCCGCCGACAGCCUUCGCGCCGUCAACCUGCCCGGCGCGAGACGACGCGCAGUCGAACACGGGACUUACAAGAUACGUCACCCACGGAAAGCGGCGAUUCCACGGAAGAGUUCCUGGCCAGGCGGGAUCUGGGCUCGGGCAUGCCGCGCCCUCAAUCAUACUAUGCGCACAACGGGUACCCCCACAGCAGCUCGUCUGGCUCUUAUGCCUAUCCUGCCGUGCCGCAUUCCAACCAGAUGAUCCCCCUGCAUCCUCAACCUUUGGCGGUACCAUUCCCACCUCCGUAUCCUCCUAUGGCUGCCGGUCAGCCAGUGCCAUAUCCUCCUCCCCAUUCGGGCUAUGGGGGUGGAUAUGGCCACCCCGCCGCGUCUCAAGUGAGCGCUCCAUACACAUCAUCUCCCUAUGGUGCUCCCACCGUGAUCAACUACGGACCUCCACCUCCAGGAGGAUAUUUCCCACCUCAAUAUCCGCCUCAAUUUCCAGGGCAGCAAUAUCCGCCCCCGUUCAUGCAGUAUCACCAACAGAUGCCUUUCCCUUACAUGGACUAUCGGAUGGCUCCUCCGGUCAUACCCUCGCCACAGCCAGGUUCCGCCACUGCAUCAGUCGACAAGUUCGAGGUUAAGAAAGAUGCGGAUCCGGAAGAAAUGUUCAAACGCUUUGCGGACUUGAUGAAGGAAGAACGAGCCCAAGCCGAGCUCUCCAAAGAAGCCCAAGCUGCUGAGAAAGCCAAAGCCGACGCUGCCCGGGCCGAGCAGGAAAGCCGCAUCCGAGAACAGGCCCUUCGACAGGCCGAGGACCGAGCGAGAGAAGACGCCAUACGCGCUGAAGAAGAGAAGCGGAUUCGAGACCAGGCUUUGGUCCAAGCGGCAGAAAGGGCUCGAGCGGAAGCUGAAGCCGCAGCUGCUCGCGCGGACCAAGAACGAGCCAUUCGAGAAGAAGCGAUCCGGGCAGCAGAGGCAAAAGCCCGGGCGGAUGCUGCUGCGCUGGCCGACCGUAUGGCGGCUGAGCAGCGGAUCCGAGAUGAAGCAAAGCAAGAAGCGAUCCGAGCUUACGAAGAACAAGUCCGUCAAGUAGCCGAGCAGGCGGCACGAGACCAACAGAUCCGCAAAGAGGCGGCAGAUGCUGCCCUGAAGGCUGCAGCGGAAGAGGCGGCGGCUAAGGCGGCCAAGGCAGCAGCAGAGAAGCAGAUUGCUGAUGAGGCAGCCGCAGCCGCCAAGACAGCCGCCGAGAAAGAGGCCGCCGAAGCAGCGGCCGCAUUGAAGGAGGAGGCCCGAAAAGCACAAGAAGAAGCGCAAGCCAAGCUGAAAGAGGCUGAGGAGGCUGCGGCCAACGCCAAGGCGGAAGCUGAAGAGGCGGCAAAGAAGGCGGCUGCCGCGACUGCUCCGGAGAAGAAAGCCCCGGUGCGGUUCAAGGAUGCCAUCGGACGAAACUACAACUUUCCGUGGGAAAGAUGCUGCCGAUGGAGGGAUAUGGAAGGCCUUAUCAACCAGGCCUUUGCGCACAUCGAUGGCCUAGCCGAACAUGUCGCGAACGGGCGGUACGAUUUGAUCGGGCCCGACAAGGAGAUUAUUAUGCCCAACUAUUGGGAGUCGACCAUUGAGCCCGACAUGCAUAUUACCAUGAUGAUGUGGCCGAUCCCGGAACCGAAAGAAGAGGAGGUCCCGCCGCCUCCUCCCCUCGAUGGCGACGCCAUCCUGGCGUUAGAUGAAGAGCUGAGCUCCAGGAAGGACAAAAAAGGCAAAAAAAGAAAACCAGGCGGACUGGCCGCAUGGAUGUUGGGAGGGCCUCCCGCGCGGCCCAGUCGGUCUUUAAAAGGUGAAAAAAAGCCUGAUGUAGUCGCAAAACCCCAGCACGGUGCUGCCGAACAAGACGCAUGCACCGUUAUGUGA